AUGAGAACAUCAAUAUUUUCCAUUUGCUCACUUGCCGUUUGUUUAAGAAGAAUUUUAUUGCUUUCAGUUGCUUCUUGUUUAGUUUAUUUGGCUUUGUGGAAUUUUUCUUUUCCGAAAAAUCCAUUAAUUUCCCCCUCUACACAAUAUCGCUCUUUGUUGUCUAAUGAUAGGUGGAAGGAUAAUGAAAGGAGAAAAAAUGAUGAAAUGAAAAGGCCACAAAAUUCACUAAAUUCUAAAGACGAAAGGCCACUAAAUGAUUUAACAGAAGCUAUCAACUACAAUAAAUUGGAUAAUUUAUUGUUGGAAACCGCAGCUUCUAAAUCUAUUUUAAUGGGGGCAAUUAAAUUAGAAGAAGUUACAGAAGCACAACAACAAAAAGAAAAGGAACUUCCUCCACAAUUAUCAAAAUCGGAAUAUUGCCCUGAAUUGGAAAAGAAUAUUUAUUUAAAAGGACAUAUUGGCCAGGCAACCCUUUUAAUUGAAGAAUUGGAAGAAGGGGAAGUGGCUAAUGCAAAUACUGAUUUGGAUCCGGGGGGAAGUUGGAAACCUUUGAAUUGUACAGCCAGACAUAAGGUUUUCUUGAAAUUUUAUUUUUUAUUAGGGAUGUCCUUGGGGGUUUUUUCAACCCGAAAUUUGAAAAUUAAUUUUAUUUCCCAUUAGGAAUGUCUUUGGGGUUUUCCAACUCGAAACCCCGUUCGAAGGAAAUCUUGAAAUCCGACCUGACUUUUUUUCUUAAUCCAUACAUCCCUGUCAGGGGUGAGCGCAUUACGUUAUUUGCGUUAAAUUUUGGCCUUACGACAGUGAGAUUUUCUUUUGUGCUGACCUCUGAUCCCUUUUGUUUGUUGGUUAGUGGGUAGAGGUUGAUCUUUGGAAGGUGAAGAUUUUUUUGUCUUUUCUGGAAUCUUC